CCUGUAGCUAUAUUUAUCACAAACUUGUGUGGAAGUAUACCCUUCCCUUUCAACUGCAAGAGUGAUGCCACCACCAUGAGUAUUGUCUUUGUCACCCUCUCUGAGAACUGUUUGCAGGGUUGAUCCAGAUGUGCAAUCUCUGAGAGGUGUUUGGGGCUGUGGGCAUGCAGGGUUUACCUGGUCUUGUAAUCUUUACAUUUCACUGUGGAAUUGUAUAUUCUGUAAUGCAGGUUCAUCAAGUACAAGAGAAGAAUUUUCAAAACUGGUUUGGGGGAAACAACAUAAUUCGUUCCAAACUUAGUAGUGGUGUUCUACUAUCAAGAGUUGUCUGGAGGAAGCCACCUUCGUAACAGUCUGUGGAGACACACAUUACAGGGUGAUGCCUGUGUAACAAACAGUUGCAUGCCCCGAACAUCAUCAGUAUGUAUAAACUCUGUAGAGGCAGUA